AAGGGAUUAUUGCAAACGCGGCAGACGUGUAACUAUAUUAUUAUGAGAGGCAAAUCUUGUGCAGAGUUAUUUUCCUGGCUAUGUCUCAUGGCUAAAAUUGCUGCACUUAUAGCUCACGUAACAGGCCUGAUAAACCUGGAUUUGACAGCAUUCCUCUGGGAAUCAUGCCAAGCGUACAAGGAUACGUGUCUAUGAACACGACUGAUAUGCUGGCUUAACGGGUCUCGUCUGCAAGACAUCAAAGACAUGGCGGAGUGGCCAUCGACA